ACCAGCGAGCAUUUGUCAUUAAGAAAUUUUUAAAACCUAAAAUUGUGAUUAUUAAGUAUUACCAUGUAAUUUCUACAUUAAAAUGGCUCCUGUUUUUAAUUCAUUAAAGAAAACAAACACACAUUUGAAAAGUUAUAAUUUUACAACAUCGAAAUUAUUCAGUUGCGGUAUAACAAAACUCGAGGAACGAUGGAACGAAAAUAAAGAAAUUCCUGAAUAUUUUAAUUUUUUCGAAGAUGCUGUGAAAUAUUGGGCAUUGAAAGAAAAAAAUUUAGAAAGAAAAGGACCGCCUGCAUUUUGGUAUGUAGAUAAAAAUGACAAUAAUAUAAAAUGGACCUAUCAAGAACUCGUUCUACAAACAGAAAAAGCAGCUAACGUUCUAAGAUCAUGCGGACUAAACAGAAAUCAUAAAAUAAUCAUUAUUCUGCCGAAGAUACCCGAAUGGUGGUUAAUCGUUUUAGCAUCUCUUCAAUUAGGAAUUGUGUUAUCUCCAGGAACUACCCAACUAAGGAGCAAAGAUAUUCUUUACAGAAUUAAUAGCAUUAAUGCUAAUUGUAUAGUUGCAGAUUUAGAGACAUCGGAAAGAGUUGAUCAGAUUGUUAAAGAUUGCCCUUCAUUAACUACUAAAAUUCUUUGCACUGAAAAGGAUAAAGUGAAAGAUGGUUGGAUCCACUUUAAGACUGAACAUGAAAGUUCGCCCCGUUUGGAAGAGUGUGUUAAGACCAAAACGAACGAUCCCAUGAUUAUAUAUUUUACAAGUGGAACUACUGGAAAUCCAAAACCUGUACAGCAUACGCACGAAAAUGCUUUUUCGAUAUGCAUAAGUAGACGAUACUUUGUAGAUAUUCAAUCGAACUCUUUGUCGUGGAAUCUAACUGAUACAGGAUGGGGAAAGACAAUUUGGGGAUCUCUAGGAUAUCCCUGGUCAAUUGGUGCUGGAAAUUUCAUUUAUAAUUCUUCGCGCUUCGAUGCAAAAGAAUACUUAAAUAUUUUACAACGUUAUCCAAUAACUAAUUUCUGCGCACCUCCAACUGCUUUCAAGUUCUUUCUCAAAGAGAAUUUAGAGAAAUAUAAAUUUCCCCAUCUGAAAUCAUGCACGAGUGGCGGAGAAAGCUUGACAAAAGAUUUAUUUACAACGUGGAAAGAGAAAACGGGAGUGAUGAUAUAUGAAGGAUACGCACAAUCAGAGACAUCAUUGCUGUGUUCGGAUUUUCAUUGCAAACAGAAAAAACCGGGAUCAGUGGGUUUACCUCCGCCAUUUCUUCAGUUAGAUGUACGUAAGCAAUUAUCAAAAUAAUGAUUUAAUUGCACGUUUAAUAAAUUAUAAAUAAGUCACACGAAAUGUUAAGGCUAGAUAAUAUUAAUCAAAAUCGUUCGAUGUAACAAAUAGACUUUGCCGGGCUGAAAUAAUUUUCUCAGAAACCAAAGUUCAUUGAAAAAUGGGAGGGAAAAAAUUCUUUUCUUUUAAUUUUUAAUCCGCUUGAAAAA